AUGGCUCAAGACAACGACCCAGCGUCCCCUCUUUCAAAGGAGGGAACCUACGCGGACGCUUCCAACGAUGGCAAAUCGCAUGAUCAAGACCUCAGCCAACGUGAGAGCAAUACCUACGGCGAGACAAAUGUCGUCGCCCAAGGCGGCACGAAGCGGAAUGUCAAAUCUCGCCACGCCCAAAUGAUCGCCAUUGGCGGUAGCAUCGGAACCGGCCUGUUUGUGGGAUCCGGCCAGGUUCUCGCUGCCGGAGGACCUGCUUUCCUCUUCUUGUCAUACGCCCUAACGUCUCUUCUCGUCUACGGCAUCGUCACAGCGGUGAUGGAAGUCGGCACGUUCCUCCCCAUCUCGGGUAGCUCCAUGUCGUACUACUGUAAUCGCUACACGUCUCGGUCCCUGGGAUUUGCUCUCGGUUGGCUUUACGUGUAUUCAUUUGGCAUAAUUCUCGCCUACGAAAUCACUGUUGGAUCAGUCAUUAUCAACUACUGGCCGAACAACGUUCCAAACGGCGUGUGGCUGACGAUUCUCCUCGUUGUCAUCGUCGGACUCAACCUAUCGCCUGUCGCCGUUUACGCAGAAACUGAAUUCUGGUUCGCCAGUCUGAAGAUCAUUCUCUUCAUAGGCCUAUUGCUCCUCUCAGUGGUCUUGAUCCUUGGCGGAGGGCCGAGCGGUGAGCGACUGGGUUUCUACUACUGGGUGGAUCCGGGUGCGACCAAGGAGUAUAUCAUCACCGGCUCUGGAGGACGCUUCACUGCUUUUCUCUAUGGCUGGGUGUUCUCUGGCUUCUCAUUCUACUUCAGCCCUGAAUUGAUUAUCGUCAUGGGUGGCGAGAUGCGAAACCCUCGCAAGAACUUGCCCCUCGCCAGCCGACGCUUUUUCUACAGACUAAUCAUCUUCUACCUCCUUGGUUCGCUCGCAAUUGGAGCCAUUUGCAAUGCCAACUCGGAGGGCUUGGUAUCUGGCGCUGGCAAUGCGAACGCAUCGCCCUGGGUCAUCGCCAUCCGGAACGCUGGGAUCCACGGUUUACCCUCAGUUGUCAACGCGGGUAUUCUCACGAGCGCCUGGAGCUCCGGAAACUCUUACCUCUACAUGGCCAGCAGAUCUCUGUACUCUCUUGCGGUCGCCGGCAACGCACCCAGGAUCUUUGCUCGCUGUAACCGCUACGGCGUUCCUAUCUACGCCGUCAUCGCAGCAAGCUGCUUCACCCUCCUCGCGUACUUGAGUGUAUCCUCUGACGCCGGGGUGGUGUUCAACUGGUUCGUCAGCCUGACGAAUACCGCUGGCUACACCUCGUGGGUGCUGUGCGCCUUCAUAUUUCUUCGCUUCCGCAAGGCCUGUAAAGUGCAGGGCGUCAAGGUUCCCUACCAGUCCUGGUGUCAGCCCUACGGGGCAUGGAUAUCGAUGGCUGCCUUUGGCUUCCUUCUGCUAGCCAAUGGUUUCACGGUGUUCUAUCCUGGAAGGUUCUCUGCAUCCAGCUUCUUGACUGCGUACAUUGGCAUUCCACUUUUCCUGGUGACGUAUUUCGGGCACAAGCUCACGGUUGGAAGAAAGGACCCGUGGUUGUAUGCGCCGGAAGACGUGGACUUGACGAGCAAUUUGCGGGAGGUGGAAGCAGAGGCGGAGAUGUGGACGGCAAUGGAUGAGGUUGACAAAGAGAAGCAAGGCCGCUCAAACGAAUGGUGGCGCAAGAUCUCGCUAAUCUGGGAAUGA